AACAAAAAAAGCCCCAAAAAAAUUAAAGAGCUUUUAUUUUUCAAUUUCUCUGAGAAAAUGGGGACGGCGAUUCUCCGAUCACAGGACUGCCUCCGAGGCCGGUUCCGCCACGAAGCCCUAGCACUGACCUUGACUCCUCGUUCCGGAUGGCGCCGGAGCCCCAAUUUUUCCAACCCUAACCCUACCGGCGCUCAAUCCCGCCGCCGGAAGAGGAGCCCCGUCGGCGUUCAAUCCAAUCACCGCGACCGCUGCGGCGGCGACCGUGUGGUGGCGAAGGUUCCGGGCAGGAACCUGGUGAUGGGACAGGUGAAGAUUCUCAAGCGCGGCGAGGCGUUGAGUCCGGCGAUGAACGAUCAGAGAGUCGUCGGAGCUGUUAAGAGAGACGAUCGGAAGCCGAGGGUGAAGAGCGUGGAGUAUUCGGAUUCGGAUCUGGUUUUGGGAUCCACGGACAGGUUGGGACCUGAUCCGGCGACGGUGCAGAAGCAGAUCAAAGCCGCCGAGUUUAAGGUCAUGGAUGCGAUCUACGCCGGUUCGGGGGAUUACUAUGCUUCUCCGCCGCCGAGCUCCGUUCCGUUGCCGGCUUUUUUGGCUAAGAACGGCGCGGCGACCAGCGAUCUUCGCCGCCUGCUGCGAAUUGAUCUGGUGUGAAGACUCCACACCUCCGGUGGAUGAUCGGAGAGUGACCGGAAAAUGCUGAUCGUGCGUUUGAUCGGACGGUGGAGACGCAGAGUGUGGAGGAUUGAAAUCAGUGGCUGAUGAUGAUGGUGAUGUGUUCGAUUUGGCUCAAUUGCUUCCUUUAUUUUUUCAAGAGGAAUAGUUGCAAUUCGAGUUUGAAGCAAGAGGGUUAUGGUAACAGAAGGUUUCUAGUUUAUGAAUCGGAAGAGAAAAUGGAUUAGUGAGUCUGGAUUUUACUUUGUAUAGUUGUUUAGUAUGUGUUAUGUUAUGAUGACGACGCGAUGAUAAUGUUGAAGGAUUAAUGAGUGAUGGAGGAGAAGUAAUGUGUUCUUAGAGAGUUAUGCUUCAGAGGUCGUCUAUUGUGUUCUCGUUACGGUUAAAAAUAAUGUAGCUUUGGAAUAAAAGUUCAUAUUUUUAGUA